AUGGCGCGGCAAGUGGCGGCGGUGGCCGCGAUAGUAACUAAGGGCCGUGAUCCGCCCGCGCCCUCGGCUCGUUUGCCUAAUGUGGCUGAGAGCGUGGGCAUUGCGGCAGCUCCGGUGGCGGCAUGUCCUCCGCCGGUGUGUAUUCCUCCAAUGGCUUCGGGCUCAUCGACACUCGAGGCGGCGGCUGAGGAGGUUGAGCGGGAGUGUGGAUAUACAGCUCUCACAAAGUUCAUGAAGUUUCACCCUCCGACGUUCGACGGUGAGGUGGUGGAUCCUUGGAUCGUGGAGACUUGGCUAGCCACGAUGGAGACGUUAUUCGAGGACACCUACGUCUUGGAGCAAGACAAGGUACACUUGGCCGCUCAUUGCCUUGAGAAGACAGUGCGAGUGUGGUGGAAGAGGGUGAAGAAGGAUCGAUCUCCGAAUCUUUCCUCGAUCGAUUGGGAGGAGUUUCGGGGGUUGAUGUUUGCUGAGUAUUUUCCCGAUAGUGACAAGAGAAAGAUGCGAAAAAAUUUUCGAAAGCUUAAGCAAGUGCAUGCUUUCAAGUUUUGCACCUUUGCGGAGGUGUUGGACCGUGCUUUGUGGGUUGAGCACGGGAAUGCUUGCGCGCGGGAGGAGCGCGAGACAUUUGAGAAGGACAAGGGUAGGAAGCGGCUCGGCGGUGGUUCGGGGGGGCAAUCAAGUUUCAAGAAGCCCGUAAAGUAUCUGAAGGGAUAG